AUGUUCCCCGUGGGAGUAUUACUAAAGCCAGCAAAAAGAGACCUAUUGGGUAGAACUAGCAAUCUACGAUGUCUUUCUUCUUACACUUCGACCCACCCGAUGAAGCCUAGAUUUGCCUCUCACAUCUUGCAAUCCAACCCAGGACUCCUACCACAACUCUCCUACACCGCACAAUUGAAAAGCACCAUACUUAGAGCUUUCAGCACUUCCUCUGCUUCUCUUGAUUUCUACCGCCGCCCUAAAAGUACAAUCAUUGGAGGGGGGGUAUUGGGCCGUUUGUGGUCCCGCAUACCUGAUAGCGUCAAACUGAUUACAGCAGUUGGUCUUUCGGCGUACCUCUUCAUCUUUGUUGCCGUCCCAGUGUUUGUGAUUGUUGUUCCGCCGUUGGUGCUUGGAGGUGCGAUGUUUGUUGGUCUAGGGAGAUUUCUCAGUAAGAGACGGAUGAGAAAAAGAUGGGAGGCAAUCACGGACUCCACCUUACUUUACAACCCAUCACACUUGAGAAGUGCUUCCAUUGUUGCGCCACCGGAGCAAAUUAACGCCGAUUUGGCUAACUUCGAAAUCAACAGGAUUGUUGAUGCCUUUUGGAACAACGAGCAAGGGAUCAGCAAAUACUUUCAAAUCAAAGACGUUGACCGCCUAGCCCUUGGGACAUUAGAGGCUGUCGAAUACUCUUACAAUUCAGAUAGUGUUGUUUUUGCCGACGACUUCCAAAUGAUGGUCACCCAGCAGAGAUCUUUAUAUGACACGGUUGAAAACAAAGAAUUGGCACAGGUAAUUCUAACUUUGAAAUGUCUCGAUCCUCCUGCAUUCGAGGAUAUUGACCCUAGCGCAAACAUUACUAGAGGUUUGGCAUCAAUUGAAAUCGUUCCUGCUCGGAUGUUUGCCAGCGAAUUUGUGCUGAAAACUCCUUCAGCUAGUACAAAGGACCAUGAUGACAGUGAUGACGGUUUCGACGAUGGCUUCAUCAACGUCAAGGGUAAAACUACCGUUUUAUGA